AUGGCUAACCGUUUGUUUGCGUCUGUGGUAGCUGUGCUUCUGGCCAUUAUCGCAAUAUAUUAUCAGGAACUUUGCGAUACAUUUUUUCUAAGCUCCAGCAUAAAGGUAGUGGACUCGGCGCGAGGAAUCUCUUAUCUUGGCAGUCUAUCACCUGUGGGAGUUGAGCAUUUCCAGAACAUUUUCUACGCGGAGGAACCCACAGGGCAGCGGCGUUUCGCACCGCCAGUCCCAACGAGACCAGUAAAGGGAUCGGUCAUUGACGCAACCCGGGCUGGUGCCUGGUGUCCGCAAGCGACGGGGGAUAUACUUCCGUUCACAAGUAGGGUGACCAACAUUAGCGAAAAUUGUCUGAGCUUGAGAAUUGCGAGACUGGCAGGAACGCAGGAAGAUGCUAAGCUUCCAGUUGCAGUUUGGAUCCAUGGAGGUGGCCAUGUUUUAGGCUCAGCUUCUGAUAUUCUUUACGAACCUGACGGCUUGGUAAAUCUGGCGGCUGCUGAUGGACAGCCGCUGGUGUAUGUUGGCAUAAAUUAUCGCCUGGGCCUUUUCGGUUUCGCAACUAGCGAAGCAUUGAUUGAGAGAAAAGACACAAAUGCAGGGCUUCGGGACCAGCGUGUCGCUUUGGAGUGGGUCCGCGAUAAUAUCGAGUCAUUCGGCGGUGACCCUAACAGAGUGACUGUCAUUGGACAAAGCGUGGGGGCCAGUGACAUUGGUCUACAGCUGACGGCAUUUGGUGGUGAUCAAGACGUUCCAUUUCAGCAAGGAGUAAUGAUGUCUGGUGGUCCAGGCCUGAACUUCAACAGCCACCCAGACCUGGUUGCGAGUCACACGGCUGCUAUUGCACAGCAAGUAGGAUGUGGCAGCAACCAAGAUUUGCAGACGCUGGAGUGCCUUCGAGGUGUUCCCUUUGAGCGAUUGGCCAACCUAUCCGUCACUGCAUCUCGCGCAGCCCGUCCGCCUUUAGGCGAAGGGUACUUUUACCCAACGAUCGAUGAUGACUUCAUUCAAGAUAGACCCUCGGAGUUGACGCGCGAAGGAAAAUUUACCAAAGGAAUCCCCUUGAUAGCUUCCUGGGUCACCAACGAUGGCGCUUGGUACGCGCCUCCAACCACUGCGACGGACGACGAAGUUCUAGGGAGUUUCGGAUUAUGGCUGCACAAGCUUUCCCAAUCUACGAAAGAGAAGCUGCUACAUCUGUACCCUCUGGAGGACUUCGAACACAUGAUCAAGCCAGAGCAUGAAGGUCAGCUUUCACCGCAGUACUACCGCGCUGCACAGCUGAAUCGCGACAUCUGGUUCACUUGCCCGGUUCUUGACUUUACAUGGCAGUAUGUCAAAAAUGGGGGUGUGGAAGCCUCCCAGGUACGGCUGUUUGAGUUCAACCAAACCAGAUACAUGCCAGUCUUUGAUUUCAUGGGUGUGUCAAUGUGGGGUGUAGCUCACCUCAGCGAUAUCCCCUACCUGUUCAACAAUGACCACCUAGGGGCCGGUGCAGAUAACUCGGACGCUCAGCUUGCGCUGGCUCGCGAUUUCAGUCGGACUAUUAUUCAGUUCGUGCAUGGCACCCCUAAAGGGUCAGACGAUCGGCUCCAGUCAUGGCCGCCUGCGUUCUCGAAUGAGUUGUCGAAAUCUUCAAUAGGCGACCUGCCUAGUCACAUCUCGGUACAGCUGUUUGGUGGACCUCAUGGCUCAGCACCCACUAGAUGUAGCGAAGGCAUUGGAGCUGGCAUGGAGGUCAUGACCGACGCAGAGAAAGCGCUUCAUUGGGAAAAGUUGUUCAGUCGCUGUGCGUUUCUCAAUGGCCAGCAAUUUAGAGAAGAAGCAGGGGUUUGA